GAGCCGAGCCGAUGCCCUGCCUCCGCUCCUGAAACCAAGCUGACCGCGCCGUACAGACGGCAGUAGGGAUUCAAGUCCUACAUUGUCACCGGAGAGUAAACACAUCAUGUCGUUUCUCCCUCCCUUCUCUCUCCCUGUCUCAGUGUGCUGUUCUCCCAUCUCUCUCUCCUCUCUUCCCCCGAGCGCGGCACUUGAUUUGUGGUCACCGACAGGGGAUUAAUGGCGGAAUUGGUUCCUAUUGAGGGCAAGGAAGAUCACCUGAGGUGACGCGACUUCUUGAGCUGAGAGGAAGGUGGCAGGGAGAAGAGAGAUGGAAGGAAGAGAAGGCGCAACGAGUUGCUAAUUUUUGGUUAUAUACUGAUUUCUUAUUGCUUGAUAAGGAAGAGAAAAAAAAAGGUUCUUUCUUUCGCUCAUAGGAAGAUAGAAGCAGAGAGAAGAAGAGGUGGAAGCGUGACAAAGAAGAGAAGAAGAAGGGUGAAAAAACCCCCCCCUUUUUUUUCUAUUUCUUUCCUCUUCCGAAACAGUCAAUGAGGUAACGCGGAGGAUUUAAUGGCGCUUUUGGUGGAGACUCUCUCUCUCUCUCUCUCUCUCUCUGAUGUGAUUCCCACGCACGAAACCAACACCGGCUUCCUCUAUAAAUGAGCUCCCAUUUCCAGAUACGUUUCCCCUGGGCAGACCACCGCAGCCUCCUCUCGUCGGCACUGGGCUCUGCAUGUCUGAUUCGUCCUUUUUGAUGCGUGUGUCGCAGAGAAAUUGAGGAAGGGAGGGGAAAGGCGCCAUCUUGAUGUGGUUUUUGCCGUCAAAAUCGGAUUUUUAAGAUUGAAGGAGGUUUUAGGGAUCAUCUCUAGCCUUCAUUGACGGAGAACUGAGGAAGUACUUGGCUGGCUGGCAGAGAAGCCUUCAAACCGAUGCAUCAAAAAACGAGAACCUUUAAUUGGAAUGACUGAGACCGAUUGAUAUUAGCCUUCUGUUCAAAGUCUUUUGUUCUUCUCGAAGAGUUCCAGUGGGUGGAGGAAUCUUUACCUUUCCAUCUCCUCCCCGUUCUUCAAAGUUCCAAUCUUUGUUUCAUUCAAAGGGAUUCCAGGGUUGCAGUACCAAACCCAGAGGCAGGCCUCAAAACCAAAGCAUGAUGCUGAGGAAGAGAUCAAGAGCAACCGAUGGCAAGCAGGUUCUCAUGCCUGAUGCCAAGCCCCGACCUUCCUCGAUCUUCCCCUUGUGCUUGUCCUACCAUGGCUCCUCAGACUCUGAGGCUGCCAUGAGCCCGACCUCCAUCCUCGAAACCAAGAACUUGUCUUCCACCGGUAACCAUUUCUUCUCUGAUAGGCAGCCAAAUAAGCCUCCUUUUGAUGCUGUGACCACCACCACCACCACCACCGCCACCAGCAGUGCCAUCGGGCUCGGCAUCAUCGACGCUCUCAAUGGCGAGAAAUCCGUCGCCAUCUCUCCCAAAGCGCAGAGCCGAAUGCUGCUGCUUGGAUCGCAGCUCAAGAUCCAGAUCCCUUCCCUCUGCUCCGGCUCCAUGUCACCGGUGGGGUCGCCGAUAGAGUUCGGCCUCAAGAACAGAGACUCCCAGUUGGCGUUGCUCUCCCCUGCCCCUGCUUCUUCCCCUCGGGUGUUCACCGGGAGCAUCCCCAUGAGCGAGAUGGAGCUCUCCGAGGACUACACCUGUGUGAUCUCUCAUGGUCCAAAUCCGAGGACCACCCACAUAUUCGACAACUGCGUGGUGGAGAGAUGUGGAGAUGGGAGCUCUGCAGCCGAUAGAGGAGGCUACCUGCUUGAUGAUUUCUUGAGCUACUGCCAUGCAUGCAAGAAGAAUCUGGGCCAAGGGAAAGACACCUUCAUGUACAGGAUUCCAUGCAUUUGGUAGUGAGCAUGCCACUGUUCUUGGGGCCUCAUGUCUGGAGUGGUCACUGUUGGGGUCCCCAGUCUUUGGUAGGAGCUGCCUUCAUGAUCAAUGAAAAGUGGAAGUAACAUAGUGGCAUCAUGCCCUCAAGUUUGGGUCACUACACUUGGAUAAGCUACAGAAAGUGACCGAUCAUGCGUCCCCUCCUGUUGCAGACUAUCGCAUCCAACAUGGUUGAAAUUGCAGUAAACUGUAUUGACAAUUACAUUGCUCACUACAGUAAUUCUUGUGGUUGGUGUCAUGUGUUUCAGAGGCGAGAAAGCAUUCUGCAGCAGCGAGUGCCGCAACAAAGAGAUGCUCAAUGAUGGUGGCAUGGAGAAGUGCUCGGAGGAGUCAUCACUCACAAUGUAGUCCUGGAUUCCAAGCUCCAACUAUCACUGCAAGAUUUGCAGACAGUCCAGAUUGGAAUUUUGCAGUUCCUUUUGGUGGUGAUGGAUUCUGAUCCAAUAGUGAGUGAAAUGAUUCGGAAGAUAAAACAACAUCGUUCAUGUGCCUCUGUGGAUGUUUCUGAUGAUUUUUGCUUCCAGGGAAGGAUGCAGGUGAGCUUUCAGAGAUGGUUCUGCUCAGACUAAUGUUGGGUUUGGUACCACAGUUUUUUGGCUCAGAGAGAGAGAGAGAGAGAGAGAGAGAGAGAGAGAGAGAGAGAUGACAAAUGUGUUACUGCCAUCUGUUGUCAUGCUAGGUUUUGGUACCAAAGUUUUUCUUGGCUAAGAGAGCCACAUGUUAAGGUCAUCUGUCAACUACUAUCAUCAUGCUAUUUUACACUCAGAA